UUAGAAUUUAUUCAGUUUCGAUUGUUUAGAGAGUGCGGACGCGCAUUGGAACAGUGAUACAACGGAUUAUUGCCACCAAUAACAACAAUUGCGACAAUUUUAGCGGCGCUCAGCGUGGCGUUUGGUGACUGCAACAUAAAGUUGCAACAACAAAUUGAAAUUUCGUUAGGGUCCAACGCCGACAGCCACCUACAGCGGUGAGCAAUAACAAGCCGGUGCGACGCAAAAGAAUAGCUGAAGACAGCAUAGCGCGCAGAAAGCAGAAGAGUAUUUCAGCAGUUAAGUGUAAAAAGUUAGAAAGAAGAAAGCACGCAAACGAGCAAAUAAUCUGCAGCAACAACAAAAGCAACUAAUGAGCAAAGACGCACGCGCACAAGCGCACAGCCCUCUUCUGUCUUUAGCACCGGAGCAGCUGCGAAGCAGAAAUCGUCAACGCCAAAUGCGCCGCUAAAGCACAAAUAGCAAUCGGAAGAGCAGCAACAACAACAACAACAGAUUGGUUGUAGCAAAUCAGCAAAAAUACUCAGCGUCAUCAUUAUCAUCAUCAUCGCGAUCAUUAGUGGCAGCGCCGCAGCUUAGAAAGAAAUGCCAAUGUGAUUCUUUUGUGCCUUCCUUCCACACACUUGACUUGAUGCUUCAGUUGUGCCGCGAAUUUCGGUAAAAACGGCCGCUUCCACUCGCCCACAAAAACUCAGCUCAAAGAAGCAAUCACAUUUCUAACAUUCGAUAAAUAAUUGUUGAAAAAAAGUGUUGAAAAAAAGCGUGCGAAUGCCGUUGCGUGUUUCAAAAAUGCAAAAUUGAAAAAAGAAAUAAAAACCAAAUUCGACUCUCGAAAAUUAUAUAAACAAAUAUUCGCUAGUUUCGCAUAAAUUAAUAAAAAUUGAUUGAUGUGAUUUACAAAAAAAAAAAAACAAAAGGUUUAACGACAACGUUAGCCAAGCUGCAUUAAAUAUUUAUAAGCUACUAGUUAACGCUUAGUGAAAGUUUAUCUAAAAAUAUUUAAACAAAAAAUCAAAAAACCCAUAAAUUUUUAAAUUGGAAAAUAAAUAAGAAGAAAAACAAAAAAUGUCUCGUUGUAAAAUCAAAAAUAGUUUAAUACCAAUAAUAUACACGCAAAUGAAAUUAAUUUUACUGCUGCAAAUCAUAUUUGCUGGUCUCUCUGCGGAGCUUACAGUGGAUAAUCAAUUGGUGUCGGCGCGAAGUGACUGCUUUGAGCGCAUCGCUUUGGAGGCUAUGUUGCCAUUUCAGAAGACAUUUCGCACCGAAGACACCAACUCACUGAAGAUGUGCAAGGAGAAGUGUACACAGGCCGGCGAUAAAUGUCAAUCCCUCUCAUUUGGUGUGCAUCGACGCGGAAACGGCACUUGUCAGCUGUCAACGGAAAAAUUCAGUUUAACAGGCGGUCGGCCGAGUGGCAUCAUUUUCGAUCCCGAUUUCGAUUUGUAUGCGCGCAAAACGAACUGUUUCGAUUUGAGCGAUAAUACAAUCACAGAUACCACAGUUGGUGGCGAUAUUGAGGAUGGUUAUGGUGGCUUGUCGCCUACGCCCACGAUACAGUUACCCAAUCGACCAGUGGAGCCCGGUACCACUUUAUUGGUCGUCGACCCCACACCCACGACGGGCUCUACCUAUGCAAAUGAACGUCCCUCUACUGGCUAUAGUCCGUCACCGUCGACAACUUAUGGCACUACACCUGGUCUGUAUACGGAUAGCAUAAAUCCUACAUUGGGUGCAACGACACCGGAUGGUGACCGUUUGUAUUUCUCUCAAGACAUCUAUCCGCUGUAUAAGUAUCCGACGCUUUAUGAAAACAAUUAUCCGGCGCCCAAUAAUGAUGAUGUUUAUAUACCUGGUGGUUAUGCUUCAAACGUGCCAGAAGUUCACGAUAACUAUCGGCCACCUGGUCAUAAUCCCACCGAUGAUACACAUCCACCACACGGUCCACCACGUCCAAUUUUUGGUUUAGGAUAUGGCAAUGGAUUUAGUUAUGGACGCCCGGAAUCAUAUGAUCCCACUACGUUACGGCCGUACGAUCAAAGCUCUCAAGCUGAUCGAGAUCGUGAUCAGACUCGUCCUGAAGGAUAUACAACUCGUCCUGGUCCAUAUUCUAGUGAUCGCCCGGAUCGUCCUGGCUCGUAUCCUAGUGAAAGACCCAGCUCAUAUCCUAGCGACCGCCCUGACAGACCGGGGUCGUAUCCAAGUGAAAGACCGAGCAGUUAUCCGAGCAACCGCCCUGAUAGACCCAACUCGUAUCCCAAUGACCGCCCCGAAAGACCAGAUUCAUAUCCCAACGAUCUACCUGAGCGUCCGGGUACUUAUGGCAGUGAUCGCCCUGGUCCAGCUGGCUCCUAUCCGAACGACCGCCCAGUUCCAACAGACUCAUACGCCAGCGAUCGCCCAAUUGGUCCACCAAAUUCGUAUCGUCCAACCAGACCGGAAUAUGACCCAACAACGCCUACAAAUUAUCACACACGUCCUGAAUAUGAUGGCCUCAACAGACGUCCAUCAUACGAGCAGCGCCCUUCACCAGCGUUACCCACCACAAUGUCCAAUGGUCCACGACCCCCAGGUGAUUUUGUAGAUUACACUAAUCGCCCGGAUGCACCAAAUGGUUUGAGCACAUCCAUGCGUCCACCAAUGCGUGAGCCAGGCGCUUAUGGUGGUGGCUCGAAUGUAGAUUACGGUUAUGUGCGACGCAAUGGUACCGCGGCACGUCCGGAUGGCGGUUAUGAUGGCGAUAAGACAAUAGCGACCUUCUUCAACCCGGAAGACUAUCUUAAUGGCAAUAAAAAACGUCCCGGUAAUGGUUAUGAUGACCGCAAUGACUUUGGCAUGGAUAAGAUGAAAGCCUGCUUCCGACGCGUGCUAGCUGGCAAACGCAUUUCUCCACGCUGGGUACGACGGACACUCGCCUGCGAACGCGUCGAGGAUUGCAUGCGUCAGUGUGGCAUUGAGAAACGGUUUAUGUGCGAAGGUUUCAACUAUCGCCUCGAUCCGUCCGGUCACGGGCAGGGCGAUUGUGAACUUAUCGAAAUUCCAUUGGCUCAAAUUGACUUGUACUCCAGUUCUAGUCAGCGUGACUCGAAUUUGCUCCGACAUCCCGAUUAUGAUUACUAUGAACGCGAUCGCAAUGCGCCACCGAGUUGUAGGCGCACACCAUGCCGUGAGUGUUCGAAAGGUGGCACGCUGAGCAGUCCACCAUUGUAUUUGAAACCCAGCGGUUGGAGUGAUAAGCCACCGUAUCGCGAGGAGCAUCAUUACUUACCUUCACCGCCAAGCGCUAGUGGCUAUGGUAGCGAUGAACAUCGUUAUCACCCACCGAGCAGUACUGCCAUUGAUCACUAUCAUCCGUCGGGGCCACCACCGCCACCACCGUCCUCAUCCAUUUCGUAUGAUCAUCGACCACCACCAUCGUCGUCGUCAGAGUAUCAUCAUUCCAGCGCUUUUGAGUUCUCCUCACAUGGUUCUUCAUAUUUUGAGCACACACCACCAAGUGGUUAUGGUAGUAGCGGCACGGGUUCAGGACCUGUAGAUCGUUAUGACUACAUACGGCCGGAGGAUCAUCAUCGUUAUCGACCUGGCAGACCAGAUCGUUGGGAGAGUAUACCAAGUAGUCCUGGUUAUGAGAGUACGCAUUACCGCCCCAGACCGGAAAGCGAUCGCUUUCGUCCACCAUAUAGACCAGGUCCCGACUACUCGCCAUAUCGUCCCGGUUCGCAUGAAAUAAGCGGUCCAUCAGGACCACCAGACUCCUAUAGGCCAGGUCCACCACCACCGCCACCGCCAUCAACACAUAAUUAUUUGGAUCGUGAUGGCCCACCAGCUAGCAGCUACAAAGGUUCAUCUAAAUUCGUGCCCUACCUGAUAGGGCAGGAGAAGGACUGGGGCAGUUAUGGUGGUAGCUAUGGUGGCAGCUACAAUAAACAAUCAUCGUAUUGGGGUUUGAAUGAGUACAAUCGGCGUAGAGAUCCACUCGAUUUCAAUUAUUUUGAGUUGGGGGGUUCAAGGCGUGGCUCUCAACGUGAACCAAACUCGGUGCUGAGUUAUCCUGGUUCCAGUUAUGGCGGAAUUGGUUCGGAAGGCUUCAGAGAUCGUCAUGAUUACAGACAUUCGUGGACAAGGCGACCAGGCCCAGAUGAAUGCUCAGCGAAGAUCGGUGAAGGCUUUCGCUUACACAAAACCGCUAUAAAACAUUCCACCACCGUACCGACACUUGUUGAGUGCGAGCAGUUGUGUUCGGGACAGGAUGGUUUCAUCUGUCACACCUACAGUUACCGUUACAAUCAAGCCGGCCGUGAUAAUUGCAUGUUAUGUGAUCGCCCCAUAAACUCUUUGGAUUAUUACGUAGACAUAGAACCUGAUCGUGAUUAUGAUAUAUAUUCCAUGGGCGAUGAUUUAGAUGUUUGUCGAAAACCAUCACGUAGCGACGAACCGGGUCAUUAUGGCAGUAAACCGAGUACCGCGCUCACGGAUCCACGUAAUGCUCAGUGCUUCUUCCGUGCCAUUGAUGCAACACGCUUCUACAAGUCUAUUGUGCGCGACUCACUGACCGUACGUACGGUGGGUGAAUGCGAAAUGGAGUGCAUUAAAUCGGUCAAAUUCACUUGUCGCGCUUUCGCCUAUCGCUAUGGCCAACAGCGUCACGCCAGCGUCAUUGAUAACUGUCAGCUGAGCGAUUGGCCGGUGCGUGACAUGGAUAAGGGACGACAUCUCAUUCAAGAUGCGGCCUUCGAUGUGUUUGAGCGCGCGAGUUACGGUCAUGGCUGCGAAAUACAACCGAUCGUAGAUGAUAAACAUAAGAAAUCGGUCUGUUAUUUGGGUUAUGGUUCGCCGGCGAAACUGCUCUCAACAGCUAUAAAGAAAGUGAUAUCAGUGCCUUCCGAGCUUGCAUGCAAGAAGGAAUGUAUACGAUUCCGCGAAACUACAUCCUUUAAGUGCUAUUCCUUCAGUUAUGGGUCGCGCGCCACAUCCUACAACUGUGAACUCUCGGAUCUCGAUCAAACUGAGCUGAAAUUGAACGUACAUUACACGAAUACAGAUGAUCGAGAUUAUUGGCUCUUCGCUUGGAAUCCCUUUGAUUGGACUUGUCGUGACAAAGUAAACACAAUCGGCGGAUCACGAGUGAAUAACGAUCGGCGUAUGGAUAUAUUCCGUGAACCGGGAGAUGUCGCCUGGCGUCAUUAUACCGUCACCGGUAAGGCAUGUCGCACGAGCAGUCCUUGUGAAAAAAAUCUCGUAACUGGUUUCUACUCGUGUGAAAUCGAAGGUGGUGAGAUUGGCGCGUGGGAUUAUUGCUGUAAGGCUGAACACCCCUGUGGCUACUCGCAGGGGUUCGAUUAUCCAUGGUGCUUUGUGGGCGAUGAAGCCGACCAGUGGCGCAAGUGCAGUGAUCGCUAUUAUCCGGGCAAUAAAACGUCAACAUCAGUGACACACACACACUCCAGCAUUAAGUUUGCAUCACUAAAAGGCGACAAGAAGAAACAUACACUGGACAGUAGUACAUCAACUAAUGAAUAUCAACGUCCACCACGACCCGGUGGAUUGCAGAGUUUAAGCGAUUUUGCUGCCGCACGCCUGUGGCCCGUCACAUAUCUCUACAGCGAAGGUCCACCUAAUUCCACUGAGUUUAGCAAUUUUGUCGACUGCAACAAGGAAUCAUGCUAGCGCCGCCUCAAACAAUUGGCAAGGGAUCCCGAAAGAACUCUAUAUAUUAUAACUUUUAGUUGAGUUAGUUACUUAUAAUAUUUGUAUUUUUUACCCAAAAAAAUAACAAUGAAAACAAAAAUGUGCUUAAGUAAUAAAUUAAAAUGUGAUUUGCU